UUUAAAAAAUUGAGGAAAAUUUUUUAAAUAUGCAUAAAUAUAAUACAGAUAUAAAAAACAGAACAGAACCACAAAUUGAAUUAGAAAGUCAAUUUAUAAUGCGUUUACCUUUGGAGCCUUCGAAAAUUCUGAAAGAAACUUUACGAAAUGGUUUACCCCUUAAAGACAGAUUGUAUAUUAAAUUAGAAAAUGAUAUGCGAUACGGAGAAGUUAGAUUGGAUCAUUGGUUACUUCAUGCAAAAAUAGUAGAUCUACCAACAAUUGUUGAAUCAUUGAAAACUAUUGACAAUAAGAGUUUUUAUAAAACAGCAGAUAUUUGUCAAAUUCUUAUUUGUAAAGAAGAAGAUGAUCAAACAACAGACGAGGAAUCACCUAUUCGUCAAAAGAAAAAAGAUCCAACUAAAGUUGAUAAAAAAUUUCUUUGGCCUCAUGGUAUAACCCCACCAACAAAAAAUGUUAGACGAAGAAGAUUUAGGAAAACACUGAAAAAAAAAUAUGUGGAAGCACCUGAAAUUGAAAAGGAAGUGAAACGAUUGUUAAGAAUUGAUAAUGAUGCUGUUAAUGUUAAGUGGGAAGUAAUAUGUGAAGAUGAAGAUCAAUCAAAACCAAAUAUAGUUUCGUCUAGUGGCACUGUCAAAGGAAAAAGAGAAAAUUUAAGUGACCCUUUACAAAGUGUUGAUGUCGCUGAACACGAUAUUUUUGGAGAAGCAGUAAGUGAUAGUGAAGAAGAUGACGAAGAGGCGAAUAUUAAUGUUAUGGAAUUAGAUGAAAAUAGUCAUUUAUCUGUAGAUAGUAGAGUUUCUGACUCAAAUUCAAUUCAAGUUGGAUAUUCGGAGCAAUCAGCAAAUGUUUUAUCUACAAAUAGUGGUUCAUUAGUAACAGAAUUUAGUAAAGAAAUGUUUGAAUCAGAAGAAAUUAUAGAAGAUAUAAAAAUUGAUAUCGAAGAUGUAAAAAUACCGAAGAUAGAAGGAUUUGAUGAUUAUGAAAUAUCAGAAAAUUUAUCUGAAUCUCAAAAUACAAUGAUUAAUAAAGAUUCUAUUCAAGCUCGUCGUGAACAACUGCAAACUGAACUUGCUGUAUUACAAGAGCAAAGGCGUCAACAAGAAGGUACUGUUGGAAAUAUUGAAAAUAUGAAAUUGAGAGAGCGUUUUCAAGAAAUUAUAGACAAUUUUCUUUCUCAAGAAGCUCAAAAAAUUCAAGAGCUUAAUGAACUUGAAUUAGAAGAUGUAACAAAUAUAUAAAUAACAAAUGAUUAUUUCUGAUAUUUUUAAAUAAUUAAUAGAAA